AUGAUUGGUACGACUUCAGCAGCAAUGACAAUACUUUCUAAAGGAAAGGAAAAAAUUGAUGUUAUGAUAAUCAAUGUCCAUUCAUUGAACCUGUUUUCUUUUGAACACUUAGCUCAAGCUGUGAACUUGGAUAUAAUUUCACUCGUAAUAAGUGAUGAACAUGAUGAAUUAUUCGCGAAGAAGGCCCGGGACAAUGGAGCUUAUCUUUACAUUAAAAAGCCAUUUGAUGGGGGUAUUUUGAAGUAUUUAUGGCAAUUUGUAUUGAGAGAAAAAAUGCAACGAGUGAAAGUGGGAGAAGGUCCGAUGCAUGUUGAAGAUAUUGGUAACAAUAUUAUCCAUGAGGCUGAAAAUGAUGUCGGAUCGAAUGGAAAAUACAAGUUGAAGAGAAAGAGAGGUAGAAAAAACUUGAUAGAGACUAAUGUAGGAGAAACCCAAAGAAGUAAUGUCAAUAAGGCUGUUAGGCAAAAGGUUUGCAUAGAAUGGACUGACUAUCUUCAUGGAAAAUUCAUGAAAGCUGCGCGACAACUAGGUGAAGGAAAUUGUUAUCCCAAAAACAUUCUUGAGGUGAUGUGUGUGCCUAAUCUUACGAGGAUGCAAGUAGCGAGUCAUCUUCAGAAAUGUCGUACAAAUAAUUGGAGAGUUCUAGGAGAGCAAAAAUAUGUUCCUCACUCAUCAGGUCAGGAAUCAUCAAGUGGUUCUCAACAACCAAGUUUCUUUAAAAAAUUUGGGAUAGUGCCUCGACUUCACACUUGUGUUUCAAAUUUGCAACGUAACCCAAAUCAAGUCGAAAGAGGUCCGGAGUUUUUAUUUCCAACUCUCAGCACAAGCAAUAUUUUUUCUAGAGGAGAGAGUUCAAUCCAAAAAUUCUAUCACCCACAAUUUCAGGUUCAACCCCACCACCUUACCUUUGGCAAUUCAUUCAAUAACCCAUUUUUCCCAGUUCAAAAUAAUAUUGGUGGUGGAAUACAACAAUAUGGACCAUUUUUUGGAAUGCCGGGUUCACAAGGACUUCAAAGUCCAAUUAUUGGGAACAUUAAUUAUAUGCCUAAUCUAGAGUUUAACCGUGGAAGUCAUCACACUCAAAGUAUUUAUAUCUUGGAUCUCAAUAAUAUGGCUAAUCACAAUCUUGGACCUCCGAGUGCUACUCUCCCUAAUGAACAAGGCCGUGGAUUUGAUCAAGUUUACUUUGACGAUCUGGCGCUAGCCCAGGUGGUAACUAAUGUUCAUGGCAACCGUCAGGCUGCAGUCCCACCUCAGCAAGCUGGGAAUUCUUCUGCAGCAAAGAUUGGAAGCUUCAUAAAAAUAAACCCGCUAGAAUUCUAUGAGUCAACAGUAGGUGAGGAUCCGCAGUUGUUUCUUGAGGAGGUGAAGAAGAUCAACCAGAUUAUGCAUAUAUAA